AUGAAUCACACUCCUUUUGAAGAUGAACUCCUUUUGAAGAUGAUAAUACCGACGAUGAUGCCUACCGGCAUGAACUGCCUAACCUCCACUCCUGGUUACUACUUGGACCGUGAAUGCACGCCAUCUGCAAUCUGCCCUUCACCCGAACCCGAACAAAUAUCCGACCCACUGAAUUUUAUGCCAGAAGUUGACCGAGACGAAGUGACGUGGGAUGGACAAUACCCAAACUAUGUUCACUACCGGAGGGUUACAAUAAAUAAACGGGGAGUGGCAAAGAACACUGAUCAAGACCUAGCUCUGCUACCCAGGUCUUACUGGCCGUAG